UUUCUAAAUAGCUAAACUGGCUGCUGCUAACUCAACUAUUAUAUCUCUUUGGUUAUAUCGCCGUCUUUCUAUUGAUUAAAAUUAUGUGAGCUUUUAUUUACGGUUUCUUUCGAGUUUAACGCCGUCAUUGUUCUACCCAUUAAUGAAAAUCUUCUUUUUCUAAAUUUCCUUAAAAAUGUCCCGAAUUCCUGUAAUGUCCCCGGAGUUUUCCCAAGGUGGUCAUACGCCAAGAUCUCACCGAUCCAGGCUGACUAACUCCAGCGUUUCGCCGGUCACUGACCGAAGUUCCUCACACGCUUCGCCGCCGUCGCAAAAACUGGUCAUGCCCGGGGCUCGAACUCGUAUCACUAGAUCUGAAGAUCCCAAAUCAGAUACAGCAAUGUUGACAGUUCCACGUUCUCGAAAAGACAACUCGGUCAGUCCAGGAGCUUCAAGAACCCGAAUAGCAAAACCGGUUCCAUCGUCUAGCAAAUCACAAGUAGCGUCCACGAGCAAAUCGCCCGCACGUUCCGAGUCGAGCCCACGAGGCAAAACUAAAGAAGUAGUUGGAGGUUCGAAUCCCGGUGUGCUUUACAUCACUGAAAAGUUACUCUUCAAAAUAACUCAAGUAGAGUAUCUUCAUCGUGUUACAGAAUUGAACUUGAGUAUAAAAAGUCCGAAAAAGAUCAAGUUUAUAGAAAAACUAGACGCAUUGUACAAUUUGAAGAAACUUAACUUGAGCAAUAAUAUAAUCGAAAAAAUAGCUGGGUUGGAAAAAUUGAAGAAAUUAGAGCAAUUGGAUUUAUCGAACAAUCUGAUUAGUCUAGUUGGGGAAACUUUGGAAAACUUAGGUUUGCUUCACGAAUUGAAUCUUCGAGGAAAUAAAAUAACUACACUGCCUAAACAGUUUGGGAAAGGGUUGGUGUCUCUGAGAUCCCUGGACAUUUCAGCAAAUCAGAUUGCAAAUUUGAAAUCAGUUGCAAGUUUGGAAAACUUGCCUAAUUUGGCUGCCCUAGGUUUGAAUGAGAACCCAUUUUGUUCGACUGAUGAGUUUUGGGAGAUUCUGAUAACCUAUAGGAUCCCGACCUUGGCGAAUCUCGACGGUCGAGUCGUGACUUCUGAAGAUCAUCGCAAAGCGCACGAGCGGUUCGGUCGAAUGGAGUCGGAUAAACUAAACGAACAGCUCAGAAAAACAAGCGACGAGCUGAUAAAUGAAAAAGCUCUUGAAAGUCAACUACGCGCUCAAAAUCAGAAACUCAUAGCUGAGAACAAAAAGUUACUGGAUGUCAAAUCUGACAGUAAGAAACGACUAACCCAACUGGAGCGAGAUACGGAAAACAACAAUCAACUUCUAGCAAGGAAAGCUAAAGAAGUGAACAAACUAGUCGACAAGAACUAUGAGUUGGAACAAGAACUGGCAUUUUUCAAAAUCGACAAAAAGUUUGGAAACGCUGGCAGCUUUUCGGACUUAACAGCGCCUGAUAAUUCAGAUCUAAGUGAGGACAUGCCUUACAUAGGACGCGCAACGGCAAUGACGCCGCAGAAAAGGCCAAAGAAAUUGAACUUGCAAGAAAACGGAAUGAGAAGCCGUUCUAACGAGUUGGUUGAGCUAAAUAAUCACAACGCGGAUGACGAUACUUCGGCAGCUUCAAUUCCAGAGAUAAUCACGCCGAGAACUCCAACUGUUCGUUUCCAGGAAAUCAAGGAACAAAUGAAGCAGUCUGAGACUCAACUAAACUCAGCUCAGAAGAACCUGACACAGGCUGAAAAUGACGGAAAUCAGUCUCCGUAUUUCAGAAACAGAGAAUUGCCACCUUAUGCAGACAAACUCAGCCCGAACUACCUGCCAGGUCCAAAGACUGGCUAUCGGGGCUUCGUAGAAAACAAAGGCGAGCUUCCUUGGCGGGUUGAAAAACCCACUGAAAAUGAAAAAAGAGGAACCAGUUCUCGCGAUAAUUCUCAAAACACAAAUGGCGUGAAACAAAACAGUGAAUCGGAUUCGAUUAGUGCAGGUGUGAAAAAAGACGAUCGAGAUGUGAACAAAAAGUCAAAGCCGAAUGACAAAAAUGCGGACAAGACCGACUCGUCAAUGACGAGCGAGCUGAGUAUAAACCCGAAGCCAAUUCUGGACGACGCAAUAGUGAAAUAUCGAAGCCUGCAGCAAGAAUUAGAUCAAAUGCUCAAAAUGGUGAGAAAUGAAACAGCAACUGUUAUGGGACUGGAACGUCAGCUAAACAUUGCACCACCUCCUGAUUUAGUUCAUUGUGACGGAAAUUUUCCUCAGACAAUUGACAUUCAAGGUAAGUUUCCAGUACCUUUGCUGCCAAAUGGCGCCAGAAAUGACUUUAUUGGACCAAAUAUUACAUACAUGAAUCCGAGUCCGACUAGUGGUUGGGAAAAUUAUGGGUUUGAUCAGGAAGGUUCUGGUUUCAUACACCCACAGACUAGAUCGCCCAACAUUCCAAAGCCCAAAAAUCCAGCUUUGAUUCAAAACGAUGAACUGAAAGUCGAACUGUCGACGAUGGCAGAAAGUGUAUGUGAAUACAUGACAAACCUUCGCAAAGAAAUUGCUCGUCUACACAAUGUGAAUAACUGCUUGGAAAACAACCUUGAAGUUUCUGUCACACGUGAAAAAGCAAACGACAGCAAAAUCGUAAGAAUUCAGGAUUUGUUCAUUCGGUUGGAGCAUUUCUUGACGUCAUUGAAAGUUUUGUUUGAAGAUAUGAAACAACUGGAACUGAAAAAUAGGGAUUUGAAAGUUAUUCUGGAUAAUUAUCCGGAUCAAGAAACACUCUCGUCUUGGAAAGAAAACAGCGACCAGCUACCGAUGGCAAAACAAGUUGCGAAAAAAAUGCAAGGAGAAAUUAUUAGACUCCAACACGAAGCAAACAAACAAUCUCAGAUUGACCAAAAAUUGAGACACGAAAUGAAACUACAAAACGAACGGGCGUCGAAAUCUGACGAUGAAAAUCAAAAAUUAAGAGUUGAACUUGAUGAAAUGGUUGCAAAACACAGAACUUCAGCUGAUGAAUUGACAAUAGUCCAAAAAAACUUCAGCGAAUAUAUUGAAAACUCUAUAAAACCAGAAGACUUACAACGGCAUGUCCAAGUUUUAGCCAAGGGAACUUCCAACUUCUCGCAAAUGGAAUCUAUUCAAAUGAUUCAUCAAAAUGAUAUAUCAGGUCGAAUUUUAAAAGACUAUCAACUUGUUUUGAACUCAAAAAUUCACGAAAUGCAAACUAAAAUUAAUGCUGCUGAAAAUAGAGAGCAAGAAGUGAACAAAAAACUGAUAGCCGAAACUCAGGAAAACGAAGAACUGAAAAAAUCAGUCGGCCAAACGAGGAAAGAGUAUUCCGAAAGGCGAGAAACAGACCGAAAGGAAAUUGAAUUUAAAAUAAAACAGUGGAAAAAAGAAAUCAAGUCUUUAACUGACAAUCUGCAAAAAGAGAAAAGCAAUUCUCAGAAUCAACUCGAAAAGUUUGAAAUCACACGAGGAAAAUUGAAGGAGAAAAUUGAUAUUCUCGAACGAGAAUUGUUGAUUUACGAUUCGGAAAUUAGUCAAACUCACGACACGCAAAGAAAGGAAAAAAGCCGAUUUGAUCGAGCGGUUGAAUCGUUCCAGCAAAACGAGAAGAACUCGAAAGAUCAAGUUGAAAAUUUGCAAAAAGAAAUCAAAAAGUUACAAAAGUUAGAUUCUCAACAAAAAGAAGACUCUAUUGCAGAGAAACAAGAAAUGGAACAAGAAAUUUCCAAUUUGAAAGCUGAAGUUUCAAAACUGAACAAGAAGUUAUCAUCUAAUGAAAAUGAGUGGAAAACCAACAAAGAAAGUAACUCGGUAUUGAAAAAAUCGCUGACAAAAUUGCAAAUUGAAAACCAAGAACUUGAACAUGACUACACAGAAAUGACCCAAGAAAACGAAAGUUUGAAGUUUCAGAAUAAGAUAACCGCUGAAAACUCAGAAAAGUUUUACGAAACAGAAAUCCAAAAAUUGGGCCAAAUUAUUUCGGCAUUAGAGCUCAAAAUUUGGUCUCUUACGAAAGAAAAAGAAGCCCUGAAUUCUCAACUUUUAGAGAAAAGACAUUUGAUCCAAAAUCAGCAAUUGCAAUCACAAACUGCCGAAGAGAGAAUCCGAAAAGAAUUUUCUAUUGAAAUUGAAAACUUGGAGGAAAAACUAGAUGAAAAAGAUCAACUACUUCACAACUCAGUAAAUUUUGCUGAAAAACUUGAAAAUCUGGAAAACGUGACGAAAGAAAAAGAAACAAAAUUGCAAAACCUCGAAGAAAAACUUGCAAAAACUGAGCAAAAAUUUAGAAAUAUUGACCAAAACUGGUCUGAGUUGAAGAAAGUUGCAUUGCAGCAAAACGGCGUCGGAGAAAUUGUGAGCUUUCUUGAAGGACGAACUUCAAAUUUUGUCUUGACUGAAAAUAUGAGAAAAAAUCUGGUUGAAAUAAACGAGCGAAGAGCCGAGAGUGAACAGCUUAGUCGGAAUAUAUCCGAGAAGAAAUUAGAAUACGAGUACAUAAAACGGAAAACUGAAGAAUUAUAUACUGAAAUUUCCAGAGCGGAGGGUAAAAAAGCCAAGACAGAGGAUCAACUGGAAAUCAUGAAACAAUUGUUGGCCGCUUCUCAGUGGCAAGUGAAAGAGUAUUCCCAGAUGGCUAAUAAUUUGUACCGCUAAUUGCAAUUCACCACUAAAAUAUAAUUUUGGUAUUUAAAUAGUACAAGAUAUUGAAAUAUUGAAAGAGGA